AUGUCGUCGCCACCACCUAUUUCUGAUACAACUGCGGUGGAAUUCGCUCAACCUGAACAUCCAGAUGACCCGUUUUCUGCGAAGACGUCGCUAGAUGCUCCAGAAGAAAGUGUCGUUGAAAAAAAAGAAUCUGAUGCUGGAGACGCUACUGAAGAAACCAACGCUGAUGAAGUAGCGGUAAAAGAGCUAGAAGUUGUUGAGUCUGCGGAAUCGGAGGAUAAGGCAGAGGAGAAACCUGAGGAGAAACCAGAAGAGGAUAAGCCUGAUGAAGCCAUGGGAGAUGCUGAAGACGUUGUGAAAGCUGAUGCAAAUGAGGAGAAGAAAAAUGAGCCGGUUGAGAAUGAGAAGGCUGAGGAGGAUAAGGUUGAAGAGGCUAAGAAAGAUGAAGAAGUUGAAGAGAAGAAGGAUGAUGAACAGCCUGAAGACGUGGCGAAUGUUGAGCAGGAGAAAGUUGAUGGCGUGGCAGCAGAUGAGAAGGUGGAUGCUGAUAAGAAGACUGAAAAUACCGAAGAUGUCGUCGAAACUGAUGAAGACAAACCGGUUGAAGAGCCAAAAGAGGUGGAGAAGAAGGAUGAGAAGGAUGAGACUGAAAGUGAUAAGAAGGAAGAAGCAAAGCAAAUGGAGACUGAUGAAAAGACUGUUGAAGCUGAGAAAACUGAUGAAGUCAAGGAAGGAGAUGUUGUUGAAAAGGACACAGACGUCGACAAAGCUGGCGAGGAGGCUGAAGCAGAAAAGAAGGACCAAGAAGUUGAGGAUGCUAACACGGAGGAAGUAGAAGCCAUGGAGACUGAUGAGAAGCCCGUUAAAGAGGUGAAUGCUGAUGGAAAGAAAGAUGUCGAGCAGGAAAAGAAAGAGGACGUUGAAACCGACGAGAAGAAAUCUGAAGUAGCAGAGACCAAGACGGAGGAGGGAGCUAAAGUUGAUGUCAAGGAUGAUACCAAGGAUAAGAAAAUCGAAGAGGCUGCUGAGGAGAAAAAUGCCAAAUUAUCCGAAAACAAGAAAAGAGAAGCUCCUGAGCCAAUGGAGGUUGACGACAAGGAUCAACCAGGAACUUCUGGAGAGCCAUCAGCAAAACGCAUGAAAUCAGAGGAGCCACCACAGGAGCCAAUCGUGCUGGAGCAUGCAGCGAAUCUUGUCAAAAUGGAAGCUGACGGCACCCUCCGAUCCUUCACAAAAUUCCUCGACGACUUGAAUCUGAUGACCAAAGCCAACGCUCCAGAGACUUCUAGUUAUGUACAGGCCAUUUUGACAAAGAAACACAACUGGUUCGUGGAUCUCAUCGAUAAUUAUCGCAAGAGAGUCAACACUGGACGCAACAAGGAGGAGUUGCAGAAAACUCUUGACGACAUCUCUCUUAGUCUUCGCAAAGCUCGCCGAUCUCAAGAAAUCAUUGAAAUGCUUGGAUGCGCCUUUUGA